UCCUAGCUUGGGAAGCGGAAGUGCAGGAGAGAACGCGUUUUCUCCGUCAGAAGUCUGUUCAUCCUCAAAGGAUGCGGUCGGAAUCUUUCAUCUUCUUCCACAACUUCACGUGGAUUUAUUUUCCUAGCUGAUUUACAUUAGAUCGCAACUUUAUCUGAAGUAAAAAUCUGAUAUCUGCUAUACAUGACUAUCUGUAGUAUUGUGGAUUUGAAAAUAUGUUUCACCGCACGUGGUGUUAGUCAUAUAUAUUCGGAAAUCGUUGGAUAUUUUGUAUAAAUAAUGGAUAAUUAAUGAAACGUUUCUGAAAAGUUACUUUUCUUCAUCUUAAUGUGAUUACCAUUUAUUGUCUUUGUAAAAAAAGUGUAAGAAUUUCUUAACUUUAGUUUCGCAUACAAAACCUGAUAGUAACCGCUUAUAAUUAGUUGCAUCGCUGGAAUUAUAGUGUUUUUUAAUGUGAAAUAACAAGGCAUUUUAUAAAGAUAUAGAUAUAUAACUAUAAGAUAGUGCUAUAAAGAUAUAGAACAUAUUUGGAUAUAAAUGGAUUCAAAUUUUCAAUUUGAUGAAUAAUUAAACUGGUUUACCAUCUUUACUUUUGUGAAUCAAAGUUAAUCGACAGGAACCAUAUUUCAACAAGUGGUAUUACUGAUUGACUAGAAUGUGACAAAACCCGAGUAGAACAUCUUGCAACAACAGCAAAACUUUCCAACGGAAUUUUCGCUUCAUUUCGUAAUUUUUAAAAGCAUUUUUGCGGCAUGAACCAGAUAUCAGCUUAAAAAUGCUUUAAAAAGUUCAAAGAAAACAUAUUUUUAUAAUUGAAACAGAGCUAUAGAAGAAAGAUAUAUUAGAAAUCAGCAAAUUUGUAUAAUUUUUGAUAUACAUAUAACAGACAAUAUGAGGGGUCAAAGAGAUGCUUACAGAGUAAUGAUGUACAACCGGAAAGUUAGUGGGUCGGCGGACUCAAAUUAUAGCCAGCCUUCCUCCGACCUGUCUCUAGAUGAAGAACGGGAGGCACUGCGCCGAGAGACUGAGCGACAGGCGCUGGCCCAGCUGGAGAAGGCUCGGACGAAGGCAGUUGCUUUUGCUGUACGAACUAAUGUCGCUUACGAUGGGAGCUUAGACGAUGAUUCACCAGUGCACGGUUGUGCAAUCUCAUUCGGAAUCAAAGACUAUCUGCACAUCAAAGAGAAAUACAAUAAUGACUGGUGGAUUGGUCGUCUUGUGAAAGAAGGCUGUGAUGUGGGCUUUAUCCCUAGUCCUGUAAAAUUAGAAAAUUUACGCUUACAGCAAACACAGACUACUAGUAGAAAGUUGUACACAAGUAAGAAUAGUUCCUCUACGAAUCUUGGUAAUAUCCCAAACGAUAUUCCAAAUGCCAAAUCAACAUCGAGAGGUUCAACUCCACCUACUCCAGGUUUCGAUGUGGAUCAAAAUGGGAUGGAAACUGGACCUGGGGACGACAGUGACAGUCUGGGAAACAAUAAACUCAAUAAGACUGUCACUACGCCGCCAGCGAAGGAGAAGAAAAAAACAUUCUUUAAAAAAUCCGAAAACAUUCCCCCUUAUGAUGUAGUGCCUUCAAUGCGACCCGUGGUUCUGGUUGGACCUUCUCUCAAAGGCUACGAGGUCACAGACAUGAUGCAAAAAGCUCUCUUUGACUACCUGAAACAUCGGUUCGAAGGAAGAAUUAUUAUUACUAGAGUCACAGCAGAUAUAUCGCUGGCAAAAAGAUCUUUGCUGAACAAUCCAAGUAAAAGAGCGAUUAUGGAAAGAGCCAAUAGUCGGUCGACAUGCCUGGCUGAAGUACAGGCUGAAAUAGAACGAAUCUUCGAGCUUGCGCGGACUCUCCAGUUAGUUGUCCUAGACUGUGACACCAUCAACCAUCCUUCCCAACUUCUGAAAACCUCACUAGCUCCUAUAGUCGUCUACGUAAAAAUUUCGUCUCCAAAGGUCUUACAAAGACUUAUAAAAUCCAGGGGGAAAUCACAGAGCAGGAAUCUCAAUGUACAAAUGGUAGCCGCAGAAAAACUUUCCCAGUGUGCUCCAGAAAUGUUCGACGUGGUUCUGGAUGAGAACCAGUUGGAAGAAGCUUGCGAACACCUAGCUGAGUUUCUGGAAGCGUACUGGAGGGCUACCCAUCCGCCUGUGAAGACCCCACCCCCCGUAGUAUCGAGACCCAUCCCUUCCCCACAUCCUCCCUCUCGACUCGAGGAACCUCGAGGUGGAGCUGGACUUCUCAGACACAAUUCUACUCCUCCCAGCGUCAACUACAGGCCGGAGACAGACAGAAGGCCAAGGCACAUGGAUGAGAGAGGAUCGCCUUACAGCUCUGAUGACUCCUGUUCGGUAACUCUCACCAAAGAUAACCAGAAGCCUAUGUCUCCAAGCAUGGAUGUCGACCCUCCGAGUAGUUAUAGAAUGAUGUCUCGAGAUCCACCUCCUCGCAGAGAACUGCCCCCCAUCGUACCACCCGGGGACAGAGGUUACGGACCCCCAUCGGACAGAGACAUGCAUCCUCUGCCCGACCGGUAUCCGCAGACGCACCAUUCUCAACCACAUCGACCACCAGCCAUGAUGAUGGAUUUCACCGACCAAGAGUACAGCGACCGAGCUGCCUGGGAACGUGGAAUCGUGCGAGACAGAGAUCGCGAGCGAGACCGAGUCCAGCACGACUACUACAUGGAAGAUGUGGAUCCUCAGAUGAAGGUGAGAAUGGAUGAUCGUGGGCCACCGAUGGACUACGGAGGACGAUACGGGCCUUCCGAGAUGAGAGAAAUGCGAGAUAUGACGGACUCCCAGGACAUGAGGCACCAAUCGCAUCACCCGCUCGACAGAGAUUACCCAUCUCCAUACAGAGGACAAACCAUGGUGCAUCGGGAUCUCUUAUGAAUGGCCUUUUCACCUUCAUUUGAACUUCUUCUGAACCUAACUUCUAUCCAGCCGUUGUACCUGUUUUCUUCAGCGAACGUCUUAAACGCGAAAAUUGCGAUUCUGAAGCUAUCGAAAUAAACGCGUGUAUCUUACACAUUAUACUCUGGAUCCAUGUUCUUUUUAAUUCUUUCUUUUCGUUUUUUUGUCGUCACACGCAAAGAGACUUUUUAUCUAAUCUAAUUUUUCAAUGUACACACGUCUGUCGUCUUCUUUCCUUAACUUCCAUCAAGCAUUAAAACCCGCCCAUGGUCCGUUUGUACCAGUUCUGUAUAGGAAUAUAAAACCAGGGCUGGAAUUUGUGCCGUUUCUUCUAUUUCAUCUAUCGCUGCCUUCACUCAGUCCAUCCCAGCACUAUUCGUUGGUUUGUUGUUCACUGUCAUCAUUUAACACUAAAAACCAAAAAAAAAUAAAAAAUAUAUACUGACCUCAGAUUGUAUUUCAACCUCAUAGGACAAUUCCUUGUCGACGUGGAAUGCUCAAAACAUAGAGACUGACGUUGACGUACUCGACGGUAUUGAAUCAAGAAACAAAUUGCGUUUUAAUCCUUAAUAAUAAAAAAUAAUAAUAAAUCUUCUAAGAUCUAUGCAAAUUAGAUUUAAGAAGAAUGGAAGAGCUUUCGCUGCAACUUUUAAUAUUAUUGAUUUUUUUAUUUGUAGGAAAUAUUUCCUCGAGAUUCAAAUGAUGCGCACAUUCGCACAUUUCAAAGCAGUAUUUAUUUGUUUCGAGUUUUGCAAGUAAAAAUAUAAAUAAAUAAAUUUUCUAUUAAAUUGCUAGAAAUUAAUGCAAUAAGAUGCACCACUUAAAAUUCUUUUGGUCAAGAUCUAUUAGCUCAUUUUCAGUGUUGAAGAAAGAACGGAUCGAUUAGCCAUAUGUAGCCUUUUCCACUGUGUUAUGUGCGUUGUAUGGUGUUCUGAAAUUCAUACAGCCACAUUGGCUCUUUUAUAUAAACUGCAUUAGCUGCGUUUCAUCUGUGAUGUGCUGACAUUAUUUAUCCGCAUCUAUGUAAAAUAAUGUUGCAAGCUUAAAGGACAUUAUUAUUUAUUGAAAAAGUAGAGAAGUGACUUUUACUUAGAAGACAAAUGAAGUACUCAGUUUAGAACUUUCGUUAAGUGGAAAAUGUCAUACGCAAAUUCUAAUAAUUAAUGAACGCUGUAAAUUGAUUUGUGAUGUAUUUACAUACAAGAUGUGACAGUAUUGAUUCAUGUAGUCAAGUUUGUUUUCCGAACUUCAAUUUAUGUAGUGAUUGUUUAGCCUUUUUUUUAAACAAAAGACUGGACAGAAAAGUAAUUUUCUAUGAUUUAAAUUUUUGCUAAUUAAAUUUCCAAUUUUGUGCUUUUUUAAUGUGAUACUCAUUAAACUUAAGCUGAAAUCAUGAACUGUAAAUUACAGUUAUAUUUCGAACAAAUCAUUUUUAACUUUAUAACUGUUUGAAAUUCUUGAAUGUAAUUUUUAACAUGAAUUACUCUGUAUUGGUAUAAAGUCAAAUUUGCUUGUUUUUAAUAUUCGCAAAUGUAUUCUACCUACACGAAUGUAAUUUUGUCUACUUAAAAUACAUUAAACUCAGGUUAAAACUGUUGAAUUCAGGUACACUUGAUAUUUAACUUUGAUAUUUAUUCUUGUUUAUUUUUAUCGCAAUGAAUUUAAAGUAUUUUAAAUUCUGUUUCAAAAACUGUCAGCUAAUUUUAUACUUUUUAUUAAAUUUCAAAAGCUUUUUGGCUUUUAUUCUAUUUUAAUUUGCAUUUUUUGACCAAAAUAAUAAAUUUCAUGUAUAAUUAACCAAGUUUGUUGGGUUUUAAGUAAAAUUCCGGGUUUUCUUUUUAAUUUGAAAAAUUAUUUCAUUUUUUUUUUUUUUUUUUUUGACAAGUUGAUCGUAUUCUGCUAUUUUCUAACUUUCAAGAAAAUUUCUCGCAAAUAUACUAUGAAUUUUUAAAAAAUCAGUUUUAUAGUACUUAAUUAAGAAUUUCUGUGUUUUAUCAACGUUCUUUGAUAUAUUUUUAAGUGUAAAUUUGUAAUCUCUAUUAAACUAAUAAUUCCUUUUCAUUAUUACGUUUUUGAUAUUUUUUGAAUAUCGCAAAUUUUUAUUUUCAUAUUUCUGGAGCGAAAUUAAGAGGUAAAUCAUCAAUGAAUGACAAUUAUAAAACAACUCUGACUUCAUAAUUUUCAAAAUUAAAUUUCAGAAAGUUUACAAAUGCUAUUAAUCAAUUAAAAAUAAUCGCUAAAUUUAAUUAAAUGGGAACAUUCAUACUGCGGUAUACAGUUUCAUAUUAUUUAUCUAUUUACAAUAUAAACUGUCAUUCCUUGCGUAGUGCAACUCAAUCAUGCAGUGUAAAUAACAUUGAUUCUAUCUGGAAUGUUAAUCGAUAUGUGUUUUGUAUCGAUUUGUAUAAUGAAUGCAUAUAUUAAAAAUUAGUGAACUGCACUAUAAUUGCGCUUUAACCCGUGCAAUGCAUUAACAUUGGUUUUUCAGCUGUUAGAUGUAUUUAUACAUUGUUAAAAUUUUCAUAAAUUAUUUAAAUACAAGUCAAAAUCAAAAAGAUAUAAUAUCUUUGGCUAAACGAUAAAUAUCUUCCUAUAUAAAUUAUAUUAAAAAUUUUCACUGAUGGGAAAAUAAAAUCAAAAAACACUUUUUCCUUUUUCUCAAUAUAAAUGAAAGUUUUCUUCUAUUAUCUAAUUAUUGUUUAACUGUGAAAUGUGUCGUGAAAAGCGCGCAGAGUUCGAAUAUACUUGCUAUUUAGUAGAAAAAGUAGUUAGUGCUAAAAGUUGGAACUGUUUUCGACCACUAUAUAUUUCCACCAACUGAAAUGCAAUUCUCUGGUAUCCUACUGAUGUCUUAGUAAAAUGUUUUAAAUGCAAAGAUGAGCUGAUUGUGAUAGAUUGUUUUGCGCCUAUUGCAUUUAUAUUAUGUAUGGCUAUGGCAACACGUUUUUAAAUCGAAAAAUUGCAAAAAAGUUAUAAAAGGAGUUAAUUAUUUUAAUUCAUUUAUAUGCAUAUAUAUUUAAUGAAAUCAAAGAGUUUAUUUUUCUUUUGAAAAUUAUCAAUUUUGUAAAAAUUGUAAUUGUAUAAAUGCUAUACUGUUUCAGAAAAAUGGCAACAUUUUUCUCUGUGAAGCAAAGUAGUCCAGAAACCUGAGUAUGCGAUGUUGACUAAAGCAUUCACAAAAUGAAGAAAGGCUGUUUUUUAAAAUGAUAAACUUUCUUCUUAAUUGCUGUUAUCUGAAUCUAUCUGUACAGGAAAUGAAUCUCUGUGACAGUGAAUUCUUUCAAAACAAUUCUCAAAAGCAUAAGAUAAAAUUUAAUGACAGCAUCUUUGUUCUUUGAAGGAACAAGGGAUGCACUUCUAAAUCUCUGAAUGUUUGAUUAAAAACUGUUUAAUUUAUCACAUACGAUAACUAAUCUAUAUUUUCAUCGCUUUUUUUUUUCUUAAAGCAUGGCACCGAUUUUCGAAUGUUUAAUUGCUUCUGGUAAAAAUAUCUUACAAAGACUUUAUAUGAAGAUUUGAAUUCUGAAAUACAACACUGAACCCAAUAAUUCAUUCAAGUAUCUUGCAGUAUUCUAAGUGAAAAAUAUAAUUUUUAAAGAUUUUGGAGCAUCUAUUGUUUAUGCAUUAUUUUUAAAUAAUUAAUAUAUUUAAUUUCAAAACGUGUAAUAGUUUUUACAUGAUAUACAAUUAUAGAAAAGGUGUUUUUCAAACCAUUAUAUAAUAAUUUUAUUAUUAAUAAUUGUUUAAAUAUGAAAAUUUGAUAUAUAUUUAAUAGGUACAUGUACAUUGCUCCCUAACAUCUCUUUCAAACAAUUAUCAGCCAGAAUUAUUUAUCAAUUAAUUUUCAUUUAAAAUAUAUUCAAAUAAAAUUUCUCGCUGCUUAUUCUUUUAGCAAUAAACAAUUUUUAUGGAACAACUUCUUUAUCUAAUAAAAUAUCUGCAUCAAGUAGCAAGUAGUAAUCUCAGCUCAUGUUUGCACGUAUAAACAUCUGCAUUGUUUCUUCUACUAAAGAAUAACGUAGCAUUUUACGAGUACUUUCUUAGCAUUAUUUAUUAUUUAUCAAAAUAAUUCACUUCUAUGAUUUUAUUUUGAGAGUUGUAUAAAUUUAUGUGUAAGUUAUUUGUUUUAGAUUAUUUCAUGUCGUCGAAGAAUGGAUAGUUUUGAAUCGGAAUAUUUUUCAAAGCCAGGAUCACCUUUUCCUUACACUGGCUUUCAUACUUGUAAUAUUUUUAAGGUUUCCCGUGAUAAAAUCGACGCUGCAAUAGAUGUAAUACAAUUACUGUUAAUACACUCGUUUAAACGUUUGUUCCUGUUUUGUCAUUAUUUUUGUGGCUUGACUGCAUAAUAUAUAUAUUAUAUAUUAAAUUUCUGAAAUUUUAUUGAAA